AUGCCUCACACAGAACAAGAUCCUCUAUUACCAAGAGAUAGAUCAUCGCCAGAAAUCAAAGAUUCAAGAGAAAGUCGAAAUGCCUGCUUUGAACCAACAAAUGGCCGGGGGAAGAGACAAUUCAGUGAUCUAAUGGCAGUGGUUCUGGGACUAUGCUCUCUGCUUAUACUUACUAUGCUAAUCAUCCCUGAUGGUUUUGUUGAUAAUAUCUUGAAUCAUCAUUGGCCGUUUGGAAAUCAAGAGCCAAAGACAAUUGAAGAGAGAGUGGAUAGAAUCUUGACUGAAACACCACUUAUAGAUGGACACAAUGAUCUUGCAAUCUUCAUAAGAUCUGCUUAUAAAAAUCGCAUCUAUGAUGAGAAGUUUACCAAUAAGUUUGAGAAUGGUGGAAUGGCUUCUCACGUGGAUCUUCCUCGAUUGAAAGCAGGAAAGAAUGGAGGUGCUUUUUGGAGUGCAUUCGCUCCAUGUCCCUCAAACUGGAGUAAUUUUUCCACCCCAAAUUAUGACUCUUCUGUUGACUUUACCUUGACACAACUUGACCUUCUCGCUCGUCUCCAAGCUGCCUACCCCUCUCAUUUUGCACUUCCAGGAGACAGCAGUACUGCCUUGACUGCUUUCCAAAACGGCCAACUCAUAUCGCCAUAUAUAAUUGAAGGUCUACACCAAAUUGGAAAUUCUAUAUCUAAUCUCCGCCAAUACUAUACUCUUGGAGUUCGCUACGCAACCUUGACACACAACUGUCACAAUCGCUAUGCAGAUGCGGCACUGGUUGAGCUCCCAGAGGGUGGUAUCGAGAAAUCUAAACCUCAAUGGGGAGGUGUUUCACCCGCUGGUCGUCAGCUUAUCCAUGAGAUGAAUAGAUUAGGGAUGAUUGUUGAUCUAUCACAUACUAGUCAAGACACAAUGCGUGCUGUGCUCGGCUGGGAAGCCGACUGGUCAGGUAGUCUCGCCCCAGUAAUCUUCAGCCAUUCAUCUGCCUACGCAGUAUGUCCUCAUCCGCGAAACGUACCUGACGAUGUUCUCCAACUCGUCAAGAAAACAAACUCCCUCGUCAUGGUCAAUUUCUCACCAGACUUCGUAUCAUGCGUUGCAAAUUCGUCCAAUACAAAUGGACUUCCAGAUUUCUAUCCCAACAAUUCAACCUUAGAACAUGUAGCCAGACAUGUCAUGCAUAUCGGUGAUCUCAUCGGCUAUGACCACGUAGGCUUCGGUAGUGAUUUCGACGGUAUCCCCGAUACACCAAAGGGACUAGACGACGUAAGCAAGUUUCCAGACUUAGUAGCUGAGCUUCUCAAACAAGGAGUCAGUGACGAAGAUGCUGGAAAGGUUGUAGGUGGUAAUAUUUUAAGAGUUUGGAAAGAUGUCGAUGAAGUAUCUGCACAGUUGAAGGCGAAUGGGGAGAAGCCCCUAGAGGAUGACCUUUCUUGA